CCUCCACCCACCCAAAUCUCACAAUCAAGGAAAGGAAAACUGCACUGCACAAGUGAGACUCGAACUUAACAAAAUUUUCCUCUCUCCUGCCCUCCUCUAAAUCUCACAAUCAAGAAAAGGAAAAUUACACACAGUGAAAUUUGAACUCAAACGUCACGAUAAAAGAAUACCAUUUUGUGUCAUUGUUUUCGUUCACCCACCCAACCAACCAAAUCUCACACCACUUGAUCCCCUCUAGAAAAAUGGGUCUUGACUUCUUUCUUCCACAAUAGUUUCUUGGGUGUUGUGUUAAAACUUUUGCUUCCCCAAUGAAAAAUUGACCUUUAACUUGUCAUUUCAUACUAGGAAUUGGUUUCUAGAUAUGGGUUUUCUUUUUAUCAAUCAUAUGGGGAAGAAGUGGCUUUUCAUGUGAGGGUUCUAACUCAAAUUUUUUAUACAUAGACUCUGAUAUUUUGGGUAAGAAGUUUGGGGUGUGAUAUGGGGAAACUCAGUCUUGGGAGGGUGUUGGAUUGCCUUUGUCUUUCUUCUAACUCAAGCUCUUGUUUCUGCAUCAAUUCUUCGGAAAACAAAGAUGAGUUUGAGAGAAAGCCAUUGGUUGCAAGUGAAGGUGGCAAUUUGGUGAAACUGAAGGAUGUUCUUGAAGAGCCCCAGACACUUGCUUUCCAAUUGAAGCCCAAGAUGGUGGUGCUAAGGGUGUCAAUGCACUGCAAUGGUUGUGCAAGAAAAGUUGAGAAACACAUCUCAAAGAUGGAAGGGGUGACAUCGUACGAGAUAGACCUGGAAACCAAAAUGGUAGUAGUAAUAGGAGACAUUGUUCCAUACGAAGUGUUGGAGAGUGUUUCUAAAAUCAAGACUGCAGAGCUCUGGACACCUCCCUCCUCCCAAUGAGAAUUGACAAGCAAAGCAACCAAUCCAAUCCCAACAAAAAUGUCCCAAAAAGAAAUAUAAAAUACACUUACAUUUCAUAUUUUCUCACCAUCACCAUAGUCUAUUAUAACCAGUAUUGUGUACAUCAAAAAGGAGAAUUACAUCCCUAUCCAAGUUUUCUGGUGUUUACAGAUCAAAUUGUCAUUUUAUGACUAGCCUUCUUGGUAAUGGCUCCUACUUUUAUAUGAGUUGUGUAUAUAUGUUUUGAAAAGUUGGUAAAAAGUUAAUUUUUAACUUUUUACUAAGUUUUUUAGCUUUUGGAAAGUGAUU